AUGACCAUGGAUACUAAUGGUGUCCAGCAAAUCAUAUCUGCACUUGAAGUUGUGUAUAAUCCAAAGUCAACAAAUGAUGAAAGGAGACAAGCACAAUCAUUUCUUGAAACAAUCAAAUCCAACGACGAAUCGCCAUUUUGGGGAUAUCAAUUGGCACUUCCUGAAAACAAUGGAUCAAAUUAUAUAGUCAGAUACUUUGGACUUACAUUGUUACAAGGAUCGAUUAGAUAUAAAUUUCACACAUUUGACUCAACCAAAAUAUCAGCAUUGAAGAAUUGGGUCAUUGAGUUGGCAAACAAGAUACUUGAUGACGAUCCUCAUUACAUAAAAGAGAAAAUUGCCUUUCUUUGGGUUGCUUUGGCAAAAAGAAUAUGGGGAAGCUAUUUGAUAAGAUCCAGGGAACAUAACAUAGAAGGUGAGUCAAGUGAUAAUGGAAAAGAGGAAACUAAUGAUAAACUGGCAGUGACACCACAAGAAGCGGAAGAUGGAUGGGUAUCGAUGGAUUCAAACUUGUGGACCCUUUGGAAUAGUAAUAUCACCUGUCGUGAAUUGUCAUUGACUGUCAUAAGAACCCUCUUUGAAGAUAUUUAUCUACUCGAUGACGCAGUUGCAUCGAAAAAUAGUGUCAUACUAAACCAAUUAUCAGUACUAAUAACAACACCAGACAAAGUGCUCGAAACAAUUUAUGAAAACAACACAAAAUUCACUAUAUGUAAAUCCUCAACUGAUGGAUGGUUUGUCACCUGGUCAAGAUUCUUACUUGAAGUUGUUGCAAAUAAUGAAUACCAAAACGAAGUGUAUCAAAAGUAUGUCACCAAAAUUUUAUCCACUUUUAAAACAUGCUUACACUGGAUCCAUCCAAGAGUAUUACGAGAAGAAAACACAUUGAAUACAUUGAUCAACUUAUUGGCCAUACCCGAUGUUAAGAUAAAAACAUUGGCAGUUGAUUGUUUACAUAUCAUUUUCACGAGAACAUAUGCCCAAGAUGAAGAGUUUGAAUUCUUUAUUGGAUCUAUAUUCACCGCGGAAGGUAUCAACAAGUUGGAUGAGUUUUAUCAGUCAUUGCAAUUGGAUCCUGAUGACAUUGAUGAGCAAGUUUAUGCAUUGUUAAAGAAGACAGUGGAAAUGAUUGUAUCGUUAAGUGAGUACCUUAACAUCUCAUCUAAACACAAGGUAAAUUGGGAAAAGAGUGAUGUUGAUGGAUAUCUUAGACUAGUAUUGAAAACCACUGACCAUCCUAGUCUCAUCAUUAGUGGGCUAUCAUUGCAAAUGUGGGUGACUAUUUUAAGAUUUGAUGAACUUAGUGCCAAGCGUCAAAUAGUGGACAUAAUGAUGCUGUUAUUAGAUAUUGCCGCAAAUAGAACGAUAAAUUUCCUUUGGGAUGAUGAACACGUUUCUAAAAAAUUUUUUGACAUUGAUUUUGAUUCAACUCCAGAUGCUACAAGCUUCCUACAAAACUACCGCAAGUUUAAUGAGGACAUCAUAAGGAUAACCGUUUGUAAAAAACCCGAGGAAGGACUUGUUUGGCUUGAAAAUAGGUUACAGGAUUUUUUCAGCUCAGAUUUGGGUAGUCAAUGUAUCAAUGAUUACAACUUGGGUGAAAAGUCCAAAGCAUUCAACUAUGGAUCAUCACAAUUCAACAUUAUAGAAAAUAGUAUUAGAGGUAUUUCUCGAUGGAGAAUAUGGUACAAUGGAGAAGAUUUCACGGCAAUUGAUGAUCGUUUGAACAAGCUUGUGAUACAGUUAGGAGAGCGGUUACUAGCUAUGAAUUUGGCGUCGCCAUUGAUUAUCAGAAAACAAGUGCAAACUUUAGUGCAGUUUGCCCCAUUGUUGAAAGGGGUCGAUAGUCCGUUGAUGUUUCAAAUUCUCGAAAAGAUUCUCACUACUGCUACAUUUCCUUACCCUCCUAAUAUUACCGAUGAAGAUAAAGAAUUGAUUCGUGAUUUACGGGCAAGUUGUGGCACCGAAUUGAAUAGACUAGCGUACAUUAUGCCGGAAGCGUUGAAGAAUAUAUUUAAUGACUUGGAGAGUGUUGUCGCUAAUAUCUUAUCUUCAGAUAAAGUUAGUGCUCAUGAGAAUGUCGCUUUCAAAUCCUUCUUGUUAGUUAUUGCAUCAAGAUCAUCAAUUGAUGAUAAGAAUGACCUUUUUGCUAAAAUCGUUGAUCCUGAUUUAGCUGCAUGGUCAGCACCAGAAACCGAAAAAGGCUUGAUGGAUUUACAUUGGUUUAUGGAGCGGAUUGGAAUUGUUGAAAUUGCAUCAUAUUUUCAAAAAAGGGGCAUCACAGCAUCAACUAAUUUAUUGGAAGCCAAGAUGGAUGACGAAGGUAAAGCGUUGAAGCAGAAGUUGAAAGAUCAUUGGAGUUCAAUUUUCCCAAUCCGAGCAACGAGAAUCUUUAUUCAAUAUAGUAUUGAAAAAUUGAGUCAUGACCUGCCGGAAUACUUAAACUUGCUCAAAUUAUGGAAACCACGUGUUCAACCAAUUGUACCGCAUAUACUACAACUAUUGACUCAAAUCCAAGCUUAUCAUGAUCCAGCUAACUGGGUGGAUCUACCAGCUGAGGUUCAAAGCUUUGUCAAGUAUAGUUGUACUGAAAGAUUCUGGCAACAAGGAGUCUCCAUCCAAUCGAAGGAAACUUUUAUAGAGGAAAAUGUGAAAGCUGCUUUAACUUUGAGAGAUUUUGCUGAUUCAGUUGGUCAUUUGAUCAGAUAUACUCGAGAAUACGCAUUUUUAACUGUUGGCUCAUUAGCUCAAUUGGAAGAUACACUAUAUGAAAUACCAAAUAUUGCUGGUAUGAUUUGGAAAGCAGUUGCUGGUGAUACUAUUGGAAUAACAUUACAUUCUUGGAAACACAUGAUAAACAGCUGUCUUCGAGUGGUUAUCAAAUUUUGUCCCGUGAAAUUUGUUGAAGUGUUUAUGAGUGAAUUGUUACCCAAGGCAUUGGGUGAUAUUGAUGCUUUACUUGUGGGUAAAUGGGAGAAAGUGUAUAGUGAUGGAUUACAAUUACAAGGCAAUGAAGAUGAUGAGACUUUGUCGGAGGAAAUGAUGGAAGAACAUAUGUUGAGACAAUUGACUGCUACUGUGGUGAGAAUGUUGAUGGAUAUUGUGGGACAAUACAAUUCAAAGACGCUUACAGAUAGUCAAUUUGCUAGUCGGAAGUUGGUGAUUGAAAACAAGCAAGCCUUAGCUCCUUUCUUGACAAUUUGUUGUCAUAUUAUUGCCUUUAAAGAUACCAAAUGUUCAUUCAAUACCAUCUUGGUUAUUAGAAACAUCAUUAGUGACAUCACAUCCAAAGACGAUGAAGUUGAUAAAUUCCUUUGUGAAAACCUUAUAAAAUCAUUGUUGCAUGUAUUAAUGGAUGAUUAUUUCGUCGAGACGCAUAGCGAAGCUGCAUUAGUUCUCACUACAUUGUAUUGUCAAUUACGUUCCAAGAAUGAUUAUGCCGCUAGAGUCUUGAUGCAAAGAUUACCAAACAUUAAACCACAUCAUAUUUCCAAUUUCGAAAAUUUAUUAGUCAGUUCAAAAUCCUUAAGACAUCAACGCAGUGCUCUACUUGAAUUGAUCAAAAUUUCUAAAGAUAAUGGUUCAUAUGAAGAAGAAGAUAUGACCAAGAGGAAAAAAGAAUUGGAUCAAGUUGCUAAGCGGAAAAAAAUUGGUGCUGAUGAAGUUGAUGUUAUGAAUGAUCCAUAUACUGAGAAUGGAGCAUUGGGUAAUUUAUUUGGAGAAGACUAA